AGAGAGAGAGAGAUGAAAAGAGGGAGCACCACUGCUGGUCCGCCCCCGAGUUACCGCACACGAGUCGUUUAACGGUACAAGCCGAGCCAACUGUGGAGCGCGAGCGCGUGAACGUGGUCCUUUCACUCCCCCACCCCCCCCAUUCAGAGAGCUCGAGUUUACGGGGAGAUGGCAGCUGCUGCAGCUGCUGCUGCUGUGGCACCGCUGGAUUGUGUUUACGACCUGGAGCACGAGACCGAUGGGAAGAACUCCGCGCGCGCCCGCUCUUUGAUCGCACCGUCUUCCUUCACGCCUGGACUCCGUGAGGCUUCCGUUCCGGAGCGCAGCUGCAUGAGGAGAGCCUGAUAGCCGGUACCGGGAUCACCGAACCUGCCUGGUGACGCUGGGAGCGUAGGGGUGGAGGGGGUGGUGGUGGGGGGGGGGGGAUCCCAGAGCAUCACUCCUUCUGGUUUCCAGCUCCUGGUUUUUCUCCCCAUCAGAUGCUAAACAUUUAGGUGCGUUUGUUAGUGGUGGGGGUGGCGGGGCGGGAGGCUGUCCCCGGCCGCCGAACACGCACCGUCCGCCCGCUGAGGCUGGGCUGAAGCGCCGCUGUGCUGGAGGAUGCUGCGGGAGUAAGAAGGGAAGAUGGGGAAGGACCAGGAACUGCUGCAGGCGGUGAAGACCGAGGACCUCCUCACCGUGCAGAAGCUGCUGCAGAGGCCGCGGCCAGGGAAAGCAAAGCUCCUUGGUUCUACGAAGAAGGUGAAUGUAAACUUUCAGGAUACAGACGGGUUUUCUGCCCUUCAUCAUGCAUCUCUUAACGGGAACCUGGAGCUGGUCUCUCUGCUGCUGGAGUCGCAGGCCGCUGUCGACAUCAGAGACCAGAAAGGAAUGCGGCCGCUGCACUAUGCCGCCUGGCUGGGGAAGGCGGAGCCCAUGAAAAUGCUGCUGAAGUCAGGUUCAUCUGUCAACGGCCAAUCAGACGAGGGCCAGAUACCGCUGCACCUGUCGGCACAACACGGCCACUAUGAGGUGUCUGAGAUGCUGCUGCAGCACCAGUCCAACCCUUGCAUCGUGGAUAAUGCAGGGAAAACACCUCUGGAUCUGGCCUGUGAAUUCGGCCGGGUCGGGGUGGUCCAGUUGUUGCUCUCUAGUAACAUGUGCGCCGCUUUGUUGGAACCUAAAAAGGGAGACACAGCAGAUCCAAAUGGGACGUCUCCGCUCCACCUGGCAGCCAAAAAUGGACACAUUGAUAUCAUCAGACUGCUGAUCCAGGCUGGCAUUGACAUUAACAGACAGACCAAAGCAGGCACUGCCCUGCAUGAAGCAGCCCUUUGUGGAAAGACUGAGGUUGUGAGACUCCUGCUGGAGAGCGGCAUCAAUGCAGCUGUUAGAAACACGUACAGCCAGACAGCGCUGGACAUCGUCUACCAGUUCACAGCAACACAGGCCAGCAGGGAAAUAAAGCAGCUGCUGAGGGAUGCAUCAGCAGCCCUGCAGGUUCGAGCUCUGAAGGAUUACUGCAACAACUAUGACCUGACCAGCCUCAACAUCAAAGCUGGAGACGUCAUCACGGUUUUGGAGCAACAUCCUGACGGACGCUGGAAAGGCUGUAUCCACGACAACCGAACAGGAAACGAUCGAGUGGGGUACUUCCCAUCCACUCUGGUGGAGGUCAUCAGCAAGCGUACAGGUUUGGCCAGCACAGUCAUUUGCACUCAACAAUUUCAAAAGAUACCGCUGGUUCCCCCGGCGACGGUUGCCCCUGCCAACGCGGUAGUCAACGGCAACGACACCACGUUUCAUCAGAUCCAUAUCCUGCCUCCACCGCCUCCUCCUCCACCACAUUCCCAUCAGCCACUGCUUCCACUUUUCACUUCCUUUGGGUAUAACAGGUCGCCCGUGACAACUCCACAGGGAGACACACCCACUGCCCCAGGUUGUCAAGGCUCAGAGGCAAGUCCUCACAGUUCUCCCACCCCAUCCAGCGGGCCCCAUGGAGGCUCCAACGAAGAGAUCUGGGUUCUGCGCAAGCCCGUGGCAGGUGGAGAUCGCAGCAGUGUUGGGAGUUCUGGGAGCGUGACCAGUGUGAGGUCAUCCGGCAGCGGUCAGAGCGCCACAAGUGCUGCGCACAUCCUCCACGCGCAGGCAGAGGGUGUAAAGCUUUUAGCCACCGUCUUGUCCCAGUCUGCUAAAGCCAAGGAGCAUCUGAUGGAGCAGUCCAAGUCUGUGGACCAACCUGCAGGCUCUGCCAGCUCCUCCAGAACGUCGAGCCAAUCAGGCUGCCCGCUCCACGAAGCGCCGCCUUACGACGCCACAGCAUCCAGGAAGGGGGAGGUUCCUUGCGAGGGGAAGAGCUCAGAGGCCGUUGUCCAAUGGCUGAGCGACUUUCAGCUGCAGGUCUACGCUCCAAACUUCCAGGGUGCGGGCUAUGACUUGCCCACCAUUAGCCGAAUGACUCCGGAGGAUCUGACAGCCAUCGGAAUAACUAAACCAGGCCACCGAAAGAAGAUCACGUCAGAGAUCAACAAGCUCAGUGUCACAGAGUGGCUGCCAGAGCAGAAACCUAACAACCUUGGGGAAUGGCUCACAGCUAUAGGUCUGAACCAGUACCACCAGGUUUUGGUGCAGAAUGGUUACGAAAACAUUGACUUCAUCACGGACAUCACCUGGGAAGAUCUGCAGGAAAUAGGCAUCACAAAACUUGGUCACCAGAAGAAACUGAUGCUGGCCGUAAAGCGGUUGGCAGAAAUGCAGCGCAGCUCAGAUGGACGUGGUUCCCUUCGAAAGAAGCCACCUCCAAUCACGCAGCAGCAGGAAGUCAUCUCAAUGGACAGCCCGCCUCCAGACGAAGUCAUCAUGUCUCCAAAGAUGAGCACCUUCCAGGACAGUGAGUUGAGCUCAGAGCUACAGAAUGCCAUCAUUCACUCAGGUCAAGAGGUCAGGGUUCAGCGAGCUCGUAACCUUAGCAAAGACCACGACGAGGUGACAUCGGUGGGUGUUGGGCCGCCGAAGAAGGAGGCACGAACAGUGAGGCAGCAGAGCAGCCAGGGGAGUGCCUCGUCCCACAGAGGAAGCGUUUCGUCGCAGGGCAAACACCGUCACUCUCACAACCAACCUGCUCCUCCCUACACACCCCCACACACACCCACCAAGACCAGAAACUCAUCUUCCUCCUCCACUUCCUCUGUUCAGAGCACAGCUUCCCCACAGAGCAAAACCAAACCUCCCCCCCAGUCGAUACAAGGGGACCAUCCUCAGUCGCACUCACACCCCUCUCAAUCUCCCACCCACCGGGGAGCUCCAUGUCAAGUCCCCCAGCCACAGCAGGCGCAACAAUCCCACCCACAUCCUCAUUCGCAGACACAGGUGAUGGAGGUUCGAGAUGGUCCACAGCAACAGGUUCCACAGCUCUGCCUGCCUCCUGAAGCCGAGCAGGAAGAGGCAGAGGGAAAAGAACCCUCAGCUCUCAAGGAGAAACGUGCCCACAGCCUCAACCUAUACGCCGCUUUAGACGGGGAAUGUGAGGAGAGGGUGAAGGAGGGUGGAGAAGCAGGAGGAGGAGGAAGGGAAGCAGACACAGCAGUGGCCCAGGGCUCCAUGGUUGUAAGAGCGGAGGGAGGCAAGUACGCCACAGUGACCCACCGCGUGAGUCGCAGCCAUUCUGUCCGCAACCAGGAAAAGUCCACCGGUCGCUGCCAGACGCAGUCCUUCGCUUUGCGUCAAAAGAAGAAAGGUCCUCCGCCGCCCCCACCUAAACGCUCGAGCUCCGCCAUCUCCACCUCCAACUCUAAUCUGACGGAGGCCAACACGCAGCAGCAGACACACACCACCACAGGCGGGAUGCUGGAUGUGCCGUACCACCAGCAGCGGCGGGCCAGCGACCUGGGGAUAUCGGUGGAGACGGCUGCAGUGGAGACCAACAGCAUGGGCAGCGUUCGGAGCAUUGCUGCCAUGUUGGAGAUGUCUUCCAUAGGCGGCGGCGCUAAAGGCAUGGCACUGCAGAAGAAUUACCUGCAGGUGGGAAAAACCAGAGAGACCAUUGGUCUGGACGGUGAGGUGGUGAACCGGCGGCGAACCAUCAGCGGGCCCGUAACCGAGCUGGUGGAGGCCGCCAGGCGGGAACAACCACGUCCAAUGGAUUUCACCCCACCUUCCACCCAACCUCCGCCUCGGUCCUCCCCUCCUCUUGUGAACUCCUCUUCACCUCAGCCUCCAUCUUCCCCAGUCCCCUGCUCAGCAGGCAGCGGCAGCUCAUCGGAAAACCUUCCAUUCGCCGAAGAGGGCAGCCUCACCAUCCGCCGCCAAGCUCGAGGAGACGGAGAAGGACAGGGUGACAGCGACGCCCCCCCAGAAGACGGGGGAUUCACCCUGGAAGAUAGCCCUGAAGCCACCGGAACCUUGAAACGACGGCCCCGUAUUUCCAAAUCCCACCCCAACGGCUCAGACUUCACCCUCCAGGAAUCGUCCACCGUCAAACGCCGUCCUAAGAGUCGCGACAAGGAGCCCGAGGGCUUCGCUGAAAUGGCUGCUGCUAACGGGGAAGCGGUUAGCGCCGGGCAGCCCAACACCACGCAGCCGCAGCCGUACCAGAACGGCACGGCCACUGUAAAACGCCGCCCGCCUUCUGAUGCUGGAGUGACAGAACAGCCGCAACCUCAGCCUCAGCUUCAGCAUCAACCUCAGCAACAAGUGGCCCCGGCUCCCCGCAGGGACAGCGUGGACCAGGGAGCUCCUGCAGGAAACGAAGGAGGUCCUGUGAGGAAACCAAAGCCUCCGGUCUCCCCCAAACCUGUGGUGGCCCAGAUAAAGAGGCAAGGGGGCCCUCAGGCCCCACCGCAGACUGCACCUAACAAGAGAGUCCCCCUACCAGGGCCGGGGACCCCAGGAAGUCCAGUGGAAGGAAAGAAGAUCCCUCCACCGGUCUCACCUAAACCAGCACCCCCACUCACGGCGCCAAAACCGGCCAAGCUGAUCCACUCCAUGACGAGCCCCGCCUCCCCGACCUCGGCCUCCGCCCCGGCCAAACAGCACUCAGCCGUGGCGCGACAGACAAGUUCCCCCACCGCCUUCCUGCCAUGCAGCAACCCCAACCCGCCGGCCGCCAAGCCGACUAGCCCCUCUCCUCAGAGCCCCCACACACCGCAGACCCCCCCUACCCCUCAGACACCCCAGACCCCGGCUACUCCCAGCCCGACCCCGCCGCCCGUAAAGCCCCCCCGCUCCUCCAUCGGGGGAGUGUCGGUGGACAGUGGGAUUGUAGGGGGCGCUGUCACACCACAGGCCUCAAUGAAUGCAGACUUUGGUGUGGACUCUUUGGUGCAUCAGAAGCUGGAGGAGACGAGCGCGUCGCUGGCUGCUGCUCUGCAGGCCGUGGAGGAUAAGAUUCUGCGACAGGACGACUCCAUGGCUGAGCAGAAGACCACAGUGAGCAUCCUCGAUGACAUCGGCAGCAUGUUUGACGACUUGGCCGACCAGUUGGACGCCAUGUUGGAGUAACAGCAGAAAUCUGAUAAGUGAAUCUCCAUGACGACGCUGCAUCGAGACUGAAUCAGAAGGCACAAGAGGCAACCUCCCCUCCAGCUAUCUCUCUCUUUCAUCCAUCUCUCUCUGCGUCGCUCAUCUCCGUCUAAUUGUCCAUCGCUGCUCCAGAAGAAACUCAAUUCUUGUCUUUUUUUUUUUUUCUUAUGUUCUUUUUGUGCGAUGCAAAGGCCCCUCAAACAAUGAAAGGUGACGGAGCAACAAAACACGCUUGGACAGAGAUCUUGUGGAGAGAGAAGUGACAGGAUUGAAAAAAUGGAUUAAAAGACAGGAUGAAAAACAGAGAAUAAAAGGCCUAACUUACUGGAGAGAGAGAAAAACAAACACAAAGAAAUGUUUCAUCUUUGAGAAGAUUGCAAUCACAUUGUGAGUCUUAUAAGAACUCCACAUGGACUCUAUAAGUGAAUAAAUCCUAAUACAGAUUUAAAAACCAUCUGUGUAAUGAAUCAUAGUAUGGUAUGUGUACAUUCUAAGCAUGGAGAGUUUAUAUCUACUGAAAAAGUCCUGCAUUAGCACAGUAAUAUAUGAUAUAUGCUGAUAAAUAUAAAAUCUCUAGCUCUUUGAUUUGAUGUCCUGGUUCUGUGUGGAAUGGUGACCUCUGGUGUUGUGAUGAUGUAAAUGACUUGGUGAAAAAAAAAAAAAUUAUAAUAUGUGACCAAAUUAAGACUAUUCACCUCCCGAUGGGCGUGAGAGAGUGCAGCAUUUGUGGAACGGCGAGGUGGAUGUGCAUCUGGAGAACGCCGUGGGAAUUCAGGAGCACAUUUCAGUUCCCAGUGGUGGCUGAUCAGAGUCACACGGUCUGCAUCGCCCCCCCGUAUGCAAGCACGCACGCGGACAGGCCCACACGCACACCGCAGAAGCACAAUGACCCAUGCGGCCUGCUUGCACACACACACAUAUACACAUGAACCUUCAUAAGAUGAACUAAAAUCAUAGAAAAAUAGGGCUACAGCUCGUCGUUUAGCGAAGCUUAAGGGAAACGUUUAAGGAUGUUGUUAUGGAACUUAUGAAAUCCGAUUUAAGGAAAGGCAAAUGAGUCAGAUAUUUCUGGGUGUGUAUGGUUAGAUGAGUCUGAGUUCCCCCAAAUUACCUUGUGAAGGUCAGCACAAGCACCACAGUCGGAGCUGCAUGAGAACAUAGAGGGCUGCAAAUCCCCUGCUGACUGACCCAGUAUAGCAGGAGAAUCAGGUUCCAUCAUCACUGUCCAUCACGUCCCCACAAACUUAAUUCAAAACACCAAAAUCAAAGUCAAUUUAAUGCUUUUAACACUUUUAAUGAUUAAAAUAGACUUCAAAUUAA